CCCGCCUCUUCCGCCGGGACGCCGGGAAGAGGGGGUGGGGCCCGGUUAGCGUCCGUGCCCCCAGGCCCGAGGUGGCGGCGAGGUUCCUCUCCAGUGGAUGGUCCCCGGUUCCGCUCGCCCGGCGGUUCUGCUCGGUGCCCGCGAUGGAGGGCGUGCGCUGGGCCUUUCCCUGCGGCACGUGGCUGCCGAGCCGCGCCGAGUGGCUGCUGGCGGUGCGAUCGAUCCAGCCCGAGGAGAAGGAGCGCAUUGGCCAGUUCGUCUUCGCCCGGGACGCCAAGGCAGCCAUGGCUGGUCGUCUGAUGAUAAGGAAAUUAAUUACAGAGAAAUUGAAUAUCCCUUGGAAUAAUAUUCGUUUGCAAAGAACUGCAAAAGGAAAACCAGUUCUUGCAAAAGACUCCUUGAAUCCUUACCCCAAUUUCAACUUUAACAUCUCUCAUCAAGGGGACUAUGCUGUACUUGCUGCUGAACCUGAGUUACAAGUUGGAAUUGAUAUAAUGAAAACUAGUUUUCCAGGUCGUGGUUCAAUUUCAGAGUUCUUCCACAUUAUGAAGAGAAAGUUUACGAAUAAAGAAUGGGAAACAAUCAGAAGCUUUAAGAAUGAAUGGACUCAGCUGGAUAUGUUUUAUAGGAAUUGGGCUCUGAAAGAAAGCUACAUAAAAGCCAUAGGUGUUGGACUCGGAUUUGAAUUGCAACGGCUUGAAUUCGAUAUGUCCCCAUUAAACCUGGAUUUAGGGCAGGUUUAUAAAGAAACACGUUUGUUUCUGGAUGGAAAAGAAGAAAAGGAAUGGGCAUUUGAGGAAAGCAAAAUAGAUGAACACCAUUUUGUUGCAGUAGCUCUUAGGAAACCCGAUGGAUCUAGACAUCAGGAUGCUUCAUCGCAAGAUGAUUCUAAACCAUCCCAGAGGCAGUUUACUGUUCUUACCUAUAAUGACUUAAUCUCAUCUGCUGUUCCUAUGACGCCUGAAGAUCCUUCAUUUUGGGACUGUUUUUGCUUCACAGAAGAAAUUCUGAUACGAAAUGGUACAACGUCAUGAUAUGAUAAAUAACAAAGGGAAGUGAAAGCUGUUUGUAAUAUUCUGUAUUCACUAAAAAAUAAAGGCCUGAUACUAUUAUACUAUUAAAUUUUAUUUCACAAAACACUUUGAAAAAGAAAAACAACUUUUCCUAUUAUAAAGCUUACUCCCAGUUCAAAAUGGCUUAGUAGAAUACAUGUUUACCUUUCCUCCCUCCCCAGAAUCUCAUGGAUUGACAGAAGAAAUAGAAAAGGGAGGCAGAACUUUAGGUGACACAGGCACCCCUUGGUUCACUGCACUUUGCUUUAUUGUGCUUCACAGGUGUUGGGUUUUUACAAAUGGUUAGCAAGACCCUCCACCAGCAAAGCGAUUAUUAUGGUAAUCUGGGACUGAAUCUGCAAUAUCUGAAGCAUGCCUGUACAUGUUUAUUGUAGAAAAACAGAAAAUACAGUAAGGAAACAUUUAAAUUCCUGUCUUUCAGACAUAACUAUAUCAGAGGUAACUAUUUCUAAAUCAUUUUAUUGGCAAAUGAGUCCAUAUUAAUGUAUUUGUUUUUAAUAAAAAAUGGGAACAUACUUUUUUUUUUUUUUUUUAACUGCACAUCUACUGUUCAUAAAUACUUCUGUGGCAAAACUUUUCCUGGCUCUAAAGUAUUCUAUUGAAUGGCUAAUAUCAGUUAGGAUGCUUUGACCAGAGGUAACAGUGUCUAAAUAUAAUUGAGAUAAUAAAUGUUCUCAUACAUUUAUUAUCUCAUACAAUACACAGUUAAGAGGGGUCAUUAGAGAGACUUCUUUUGCCUCAGCCUCAGUUUGUUUUGCCUUAGACUUGGCUCAUGCUUAUGAGAGCUGCUGUGCUAUAACUUCCAUUUCAUGUCAUAAAAUUGCAUAAAAUUGGAAGGCUGUUACUCUUCUCACCUCUCAGUUUUGUCAGUGAGGAGGACAUUUCCCAUGAGUCCCCAGAAGAUUUCCCCUCAGUUUCCCUGGACUCAGGUCAGAUCACUGAGAAAGCCAAUGUGGACUCUGGGAAGCAGACUGGGUAAAGAAGAUGCUGAAGCGAGGUGGGGAGAAUGGCAUCCAGGGAAAAUUACUGCCUGUGGUAGGGGUAUACCACAAUUGACUCAUUUUUUCCUCUGUUAGACAUUUGAUUUACUGUAAGCAGUGGUGCAGUGAAUAUCCUUGUAAACACAAUUUGAGAUAUGUGCUUAUGUCCUUGAGAAAGUUUCUGGAAUUGGAAUGAUUUGGCUCAAAGGGAUUACACUUUUGUAGAGCUUUGAUAAAAAUUGCCAAAUUGCUCUCAAACGGUGGUGCAACUUGCACUUCAAGUUAGUUUUAAAUGUGUGACCCACCCUUUCACCCUCCACCUGCAUACUCCCUGGUAAACUCUAGAUUUUUUUUUUUAAUUUAAUCUUUGCCAAUAUAAGUGGAAAAUGGUACCUUAUUUUUUAAAUUGCUAUUUCUUCCAUUACAAAUAAGAUUGGUAUGUCAGUGUUGUAAUUGGCUGUUUGUAUUCCUUCUUUAAUGAACUGCCUGUUCAUUGUCUUUGCCUGUUUUCAUUUUAGUAAAUAGGACUGAAUUUCAAGUGGGAACAUAAUAUAUAAAAUGCCAAGACCAUCAUAUUGAUGACAGAUCUAUGAUAUGGUUGUAGUGCAUGUCUUGGGGAGUUAGUCUUGUUAUUGCUUAAUAUCAAAAAGUGAAAUAAGUUCAUUGUUUCCAUUACUAUAAUUGAAAGUUGUGUGAAAUUAGAUGCUUUGCUUAGUAAAAAAAAUUUGGAAUGUUUUAUAAUAUUUUAUUAAGCAUGCCCAAAUAGUCCAAGAAUAGUAAAUAAGGUGUUUUAAAUGGAUCAGAUGGCAUUUAUAAUAGGAGAAAAGGCAUCGUUAUCCUUAGCAUGAAUGUAAUGGUAAUAAGAAAAACUGUCAUCUGUCUUGUCAUUAUAAUAAUAAAAUGAUUAACAUUAAAUUUUUAUGAGCCAGA